CCGAGCUUUGAACCACUAGUUUUAUGUAUUUAUUCUAUGAUAUACGUAAAGCAUGCAGUGUAUCAGAAAUAAUAAAAGUGUCUCGUUUAUUUCAAUGUAAAGAAUUAAUUAAAAGUAAUUUAAAAUAAUAUUUAUAUUCUAGCUUAUAUAAUGUAUAAUUUUGGUCUUAAGAAUAGUAUAGUUUUAUUAAGAAAAUUUUCAUCAAUUUUUAUUGUAUCAUCACCAUUUAAUACUAAUCUUAGUAAAAUUCAAAUAACACGUUUUAUAAAACGUAAUUUUUCUGAAGUUACACUUAUCAAAACAAGAAAAGAAAUUGAUGAGAAUGAUAACGAGAAAUUACAAAAACUUUUAGAAGAUUCUGUAAUAAUGAAAAAGUAUAAAUUGUUACAAUACGAAAUUGAUUAUAUGCGAGAAGUGAAUAAAGAUGUUCCCGCAAAAUUACGACCAAAAGAUUGGUUAUAUAUGUUAAAUGCAACUAAGACACAUCAAAGGAAAUAUAUUCGAUUUCUCUUUCUAAAUGAAAUAAAACAAGAAAAUAUGAUGAAGAAACAUAAAGAAAAGAUAGAAUUAACACGUUUAAAACAGAGCAAACGAGAAGAAGAAUGUCCUAGUGGUAUAAAAUAUGGUCUUUCAAAGAAUACUUUAUUUUUACGUAUUUAUGAAAGUACAUUAGAUAAUUUUUUAAACUUGAAUCUAUCAAUAUCUUCAAUGUUUGAGCCAAGUAUAGUAUUUGAUUGCGGAUACGAUCAUGUAAUGACAAAUUAUGAAAUGAAGAAUUGUGCUAAACAAAUAGUACUAAGUUUUGUGAAGAAUCGUAUGCAUAAAUGUCCAGUUCAGCUUUAUUUGUGUAAUGCACCAACAAAUAGUCAAUUUAUGUCAAUGCUUCAUAAUUUAGUUCCAAAUAUUUACAAUGAUAGCUUUCCGUUAAAUAUUACUUCUAAGUCCUAUCUUGAUAUAUUCGAUAAAGAUAAAUUAGUAUAUCUAACACCGCAUUGUAGAAACGAAAUGAUAUCUUAUGAUCCUGACAAAACUUAUAUUAUUGGAGCAAUAGUGGAUAAGACAUCUCCUCAACCUUAUUCUUUAGCUAAAGCUAAAAAAGAAGGUAUACGUAUGGAGAAACUACCAUUAGACAAAUAUUUACAGUGGAACAGUGGAAGUAAUAAAAAUCUUACUCUUAAUCAAAUCUUAGGUAUAUUAGUAGAUUUAAAAUAUACGAAAGAUUGGAUGGAUGCUCUUAAUAAUAAUAUUCCACGUAGAAAACGGACUUGGAAGGAAGAUGAUGUUUUUAUGAAAUAUAUGCAAUAUGUAAGAAAAUAAAUUAUUUUCUACACUGAA